AGUGGCAUUUGAGGGAGAGGACACUUCCUUUCAGAGUGGACACUUGUCUUCUCAGAAGGCUUGCUCUGACCGUGAGUGGGGACUUUCACCAGCCAAGUGCGUCAUCAUUCUGAACCCCACAGAGCUCCCUUGUCUCUGCUGGAACUGGGACUCUGCCCUCAGGCUGAUCUGAACCCCGGGAUGUCCUCCUGCAAACGGUCGGAGGCGGAGAGGGACGACAGCCACACUCCCGACGGGAACGUAAUCAGACUCACCACCAAGAUGUUAACAGUGAAGAGGCUGGAAGAGUUCAACACGUGUUGCCCCAGUGGCCAGCUGGAGAAAAUGGCCUUUUUCCAGUGCAUGGAAGAGGUGGAGAAGGUGCAAUGUUUUCUGGAAGAAAGUUCUAGUGAACAGGAUUCCAGAUCUGGACAAAAUGAGGCUAAGGAGCAGGUGUGGUCACACCCCGGCCUGACGGAAACAGCACCUGCCAAAGAUGAAAGGACAGCGCCCCCCACAGGUGACGCCCUGGCACCUCCCGCCCCGUUCGACCACCGUAUUGUCACUGCCAAGCAAGCCGCGGUCAACAGUUUUUAUACCGUGAGCAGGACAGAGAUUUUAGGAGGGGGACGCUUCGGCCGGGUUCACAAGUGUGAAGAGAAAGCCACGGGCCUGAAGCUGGCGGCCAAGAUCAUCAGGACGAGAGGCACGAAGGACAAGGAUGAGGUGAAGAACGAGAUCAGCGUCAUGAACCAGCUGGACCACGUGAACCUCGUUCAGCUCUACGACGCCUUCGAGUCCAAGAACGACAUCGUGCUGGUCAUGGAGUAUGUGGAUGGAGGGGAGCUGUUCGAUCGCAUCAUUGAUGACAACUGCAAUCUGACCGAGUUUGACACCAUUCUGUUCAUCAGGCAGAUAUGUGAGGGGAUAAGACACAUGCACCAGAUGAACAUUCUCCACUUGGACCUGAAGCCUGAGAACAUCCUGUGUGUGAACCGGGACACUAAACAAAUAAAAAUUAUUGACUUUGGAUUGGCCAGAAGGUACAAACCCAGAGAGAAGCUGAAGGUGAACUUCGGAACGCCGGAGUUCCUUGCCCCUGAGGUGGUGAACUACGACUUCGUUUCCUUCCCCACGGACAUGUGGAGCGUGGGGGUCAUCGCCUACAUGCUACUUAGUGGUCUGUCCCCCUUCCUGGGAGACAGUGACGCUGAGACUCUGAACAACAUCCUGGCCUGCAGGUGGGACCUAGAGGACGCAGAGUUUCAGGACAUCUCGGAGGAGGCCAGGGAGUUCAUCGCCAAGCUUCUGGUCAAGGAGAAGAGCUGGAGAGUCAGUGCGAGUGAAGCCCUCAAGCACCCGUGGCUGUCGGACCGCGAGCUCCACUCCAGGCUCAGCGCGCAGAAGAUGAAGAACUGCUGCUCCGAUGGCCAGGGCCCGGUGGCCAAGUAGUCCCUGGAAGGCGCCCAUUUGAAAGGAAAACGGCUGCGGUGGCUGCUGCUUUGAGAAGAUUUUUGGCAACAUCAGCGGUUCUGAUGCCCUGACCCCUGUGAGGACUGGUGGCUCUGGGGAGCAGAAGCCGCCACCCCCAGCUCUGGGCACACAGGGGACCCCAGUGCGGCGGUCUCGGGACGCAGCAGGCCGCACCCCUUCCUCACGACCCACCAAGCACGUGGUGCCCCCCGAGGAGGUGUUUCCCGGCCCUCCUGAGCUGGGAAAUUCUUGAUCUCAGUCGUGGGCCGGGGGCCUUGGCUCUGCUCUCUCCCAGAGCCCUGGGGCAAGCACCCCGGGGAAUUAGUUGAGAUUUUAAAACACAUUGGAUGCAUUUAGAGUGGGGAUCGCCUUGCGAAGGGGCGAGGAUGUCGGUCGUCAGAAAAAACUGAGUCUGGUGCCCCACUGACCACAUAGUUUCUCAGACGUUAUUAUUUUGAUUCGGUGUGAAAUCAGGUGAAUCCCACUGAUAAAUCAUUUGCUUUUCGGAACAUAAGCUUUCUUUGAAUUCUGAGGUGAGAGGCAUCAGACGUCCUAUCUUCCAUUUAUUCUGAAAUCUCCUCCAAGAGCAGCGGCCUCUUCCAAGCAGCCGAUUUACUUUCAAACACAGGACACAUGCUUUCACCUGGCGCCCUGCUCUCUUCCGCCUGAACCCUCCUCUGCAUGAAACUCACUGGCUUUACGAGGCGGUGCGGGCGGUGUCUGCUUCCGGCCAGUCCCUGAGUCAGGGCCUUUGGAGUAAUGCUGACAGACACCAGAGCCUCCCUUUAUGCCGUGGACACGGGGAUCGGUGGGUCUGGUGGGUUCUGGGGGGGGGGGCAGUGCGGGGCUUCCUGUUGAAGGAGCUUGGGUGCCCCUGGACGUGGGCAAAGACCACUAGCCUCGCCACGCGGCGUCUCUGAAGGCAAGCGGCACCUCCACUCGCUCCGGGACCCGACCGUGAUUUCCAGCUGGGAGCGCCCUCUUGCUCCUGAGCUCGGGGGCCGUUCCAUCCCAGAUUCUUCACCAGGGACGCGAGCUCUGCGGGACCCGGUGGGAGAGGCACGGGGCCCCGAGGGCGAGAUGCGCGUGGCUGCUUCUUGACGCAGGGGCCAGGCAGAGCGCGCGCCCUCCCGUGACCGGCCCGGCGCCACGCCCGCCGCGCAGCUCGCGCACCUCCCUCGCCCUCCCACUCGCAGAUACCUGCUGUGCUGAGAUCAGCUACAAUAGUGUCCUUAUUUUUAGCUUAAAUCGUUCCAGGCUCCAGCUGUCCCGAGAGCGGCAAAACAAAACAGGAACAGCUUAUUCCUACAGCAGCGGGGCGGGGGCGGCUUUGACGUGUGCUGGCUUCUCUGCAUCGUUUCUGUGUCCACCGAGUGAGUCCUCAUCCUGUGCCCACGGAUAACCACACGUGCAGCGUCCUUUCCCUCGUGUUUCGGGUCCCGGGGGAGCAGAGGCAGAAGACGACGUGCAAUGCGUUCAGGCCACGUGCCAACCUGGUGGGCGUGCAGGCGGUGGAGGUGCCCCUCUCCGGCCUCUGCGCCUACAUCUUGAUGCAUCUCUUUUCCCCCUGGGCCUAUGCGUUUAUCCCAGGUUGGUCUCUCCGUUCCUGUUAUGAGACUAUGUUUAAAUGUUAAAUUUAGUUUCCUUAAAACACACGCACACACACACAAGCCCUGACUGAAGUGUUAGUUACUGCACUAUCUUUACUGAUGGUACUUCAUUGAGUCUGGGAAAAUCCAAGCCAGGGCAAGGUUAAUACUCAGCCCGCAGAGAGCUGGCGUCCAGUCGAAUGCUGACCAGGACUAGGGGGUCUGAUCUGAAACCCUCGUGGAGGGCGUGGUGUGGACGCCCCUCCGGCCAGAGCAGGGGGCUGUCAGCAGGGCGCACAGACUCACCUGGCCGCGCUCUGACCUCGCGGGGGCUCAUUGCCCGGGCCCCGCACGUGGAAGAGAGCUCUGGCCAGAUGAACGCACGGUCUCUUUGCCAAAGUAAUCCACUGGUGACCCCACAGUUAGUGGGUGUGAUUUUUUAUUUUUUAGGGAGUUUAGAAAGGAGACUCUACUUUGAAAAUGGAUCUACAUUGAAUUUGCAGUUAAACUUCCACACUUGGCUGGGGGGCAGCCCCAGGCCAGCAGGGGUGCCUUUUGUACGGGGGCUGAGGACAGUGUGCACAUCGCAGAGUCAGUCAUCACAGCCUGGAGUUCUGGGAACUGGUCUCCUGCUCACCCUGUCCCCUCCCUCUACGCCCGGUGUGGCUGCCCCGAUGGGAACGGGGCUUUGUGCAUCCGAGGAAUCAAACCAGCCGCGUGCGUGGACCCCAAGACGCGGAGUCUGGCUGGACUGGGCCACUGUGAUCAGUUUUUCCAAGAAAUCACCAGGGUCUGAAUGGCUGUAUUACGUCUCCGCCCUCUUACUGGACGUGAUGGCUCUGCUCACCCCGGUGAGGCUGCUGCCGUUUCUCCCGUAAACGGAGGAAACUAGGCACCGACGUGGCCUGGAGAGAAACAAACAUCACAGACUAUUAGGAAAAAGCAGGUCUGCAUUCGUCAUUUGUCAGACACCAGCAGGUACCCGAAUCUGUUGUGUGAAAGUCAGGGCUCCCGGCCAGCCUGUGACGUGAAAACCUCUGGGAGAGAUCCUCACCCGACCUCACGCGGGCUGACGCACGUCGGCCGAGCACCCCAGGCCUGCCUUUUGUCUGACUUGACAUCAUUUUGCUCUCUUUCUGUGAAAACGUCAGUCCGCGGGCUGCGCGGUCACGGCAGACUGCGACGCUCCGGGUCCUGAAGGCGUGGGAGCACCGACAUUUUCAACGUUGGUGUGGAAGUCUGGGUAGCGGAUUUUUCUUUUCUUUUUUUAGAAUCAAAAUUCAGAUUUCAUGUUAGAGAAAUGAGCAAGGCCAUCACUUUAUUUGUUUUUGUCUUUCUGCUCCCACCACCCCCACCCCAGGCUCUGGGCGCGGGUGCCGCUGUCAGACACCUGUUUGUUUGGCGUGGACUUCGGGCCUGUUUCAGGGCUUUGUUUGGAAAACUGACUUGGGAACGUGUUAGGAGGGGGCGGGCGGGCACCUCGGGGGCAAGGGCGGUGGGCGCAUCUCAGCACUGCCCCUGUGGUUCCGCCGUGGGUACAGGACAGCCACGAUGCCCCCACUUUGCUUUUGCUUUGUCUUUAUAAAUUUUUCACUUCUUUCUCUUUUUAAGUUAAAGCCAAAGUCCAUUUUCUUAUCCAUCAUGCUCCCCUAAAACCUCUCUGAGAUGAAAAAUGUAUUUCCAAAAGGCAAGUUGCGUUCCGUCCUAAAGGAAACUGGAUGCUGGACUUACUGGAUGUUGAAUUCCUGUUCCAGGCUCACUCCCUUGCGUUGCAGGAAUGACUCCCAUUUCCCACAUGAGAAGGUCUGUGUACUUCUAGCUCUGAAUCAGCCAGGUAUGCUUUCCAUAGUGGUCUUCAUAUGGGCAGUUUCACCUUCCAUGAAGGCUUGUACCCCCACCCCUGCUGCCCGCUGGAAAGAGCAGAGAACAUUCUAGGCCCGGCUGUGCCUGCGCUGAGGUCUGCGUGUCCGUGGUCGUCCCCGCUGGCAGAUGCCCGGGAGCCCUCCUGAUGAGGGUAUCAGUGUAGCUAAGAAAUGAAACUGGCGGCAUAACGGGGCGAUUGCGCGUGUCGUGUACUUUCUGUUCCUGAACACCGUUCCAUUCAGCCGUGUUUCUUUGCCUUAUAAAGACGUGUAACAGUCAUAAAUGUGUAUUGUAUCGAAGAAUAAA